GGAACCUGGCAAGGAGCUGUUGAUUUCGUCGUGGGUUGAAGCCCUCAGCCUCAUCAGAAAUUCCAUUGGUCCACAAGCCUUGGGAUGGCGGAAUCUGCGACCUUCGAUCUGGUUCUCUUCUCUUGGCUUUUUCUAAGACUUUCCCCGACCCGACCAUUUCGCGCGCCUCAGAUCCUGAACAAUACAAUUGUUUGCCUGCGACUGACCUCAUAAAUCCCAGACCUUUCGCUCUUGGGACCCUUCUCACUACCUACGUAUCUCUUGGUAACACUAGCUGGAUAUUAUUGACUGUCCACCGCUGCCUCUGUCAUCUUAGCCACCGGAUCGGCAAACCUCCUUUCCCGGAUUUCCUGCUCGCCGCUCACAGACGAAUCUUUUUCAACCCUGCAACGUCCUUCACCCUUCCUGACUUGAGUCUCACCCGAACCUCGUCAACGUCUGCCCUCACAGUUUCCCUGCAAGAUGGUCAAGGAGACAAAAUACUAUGACAUCCUCGGGGUCGACCCGAUGGCCUCAGAGGCUCAACUGAAAUCUGCCUACAAGAAGGGUGCACUGAAACAUCACCCAGAUAAGAACGCCCACAACCCAGAAGCCGCAGAAAAGUUCAAAGACCUCUCCAAAGCAUACGAAGUCCUCUCCGACCCUCAGAAACGAAGCCUCUACGAUCAGUAUGGCGAAGAAGGUCUAGAACAAGGUGGAAUGGGUGGUGGCGGCAUGGCUGCCGAAGAUCUCUUUGCACAGUUCUUUGGCGGCGGGUCAGCCUUCGGAGGCAUGUUUGGAGGUGGCAUGCGCGACACUGGCCCAAAGAAAGCCCGGACUAUCCACCAUGUUCACAAAGUGUCUCUCGAGGAUAUUUACCGCGGAAAGGUCUCGAAGCUUGCCCUCCAAAAAUCGGUCAUCUGCCCGCAGUGUGAAGGCCGUGGAGGGAAAGAAGGGGCUGUCAAGACCUGUGCUGGUUGCAACGGCCAGGGUAUGAAGACCAUGAUGCGUCAAAUGGGGCCCAUGAUUCAGCGGUUCCAGACCAUCUGCCCCGAUUGCCAGGGUGAGGGGGAGACCAUCCGCGACCGUGACCGAUGUAAACGUUGCAUGGGCAAGAAAACAGUCGUGGAACGGAAGGUCCUUCACGUCCAUGUUGACCGUGGAGUUAAGAGUGGCCAUAAGAUCGAGUUCCGCGGUGAGGGUGACCAGAUGCCUGGUGUCCUUGCAGGAGACGUUGUCUUUGAAAUCGAACAAAAGCCCCAUCCACGAUUCCAGAGGAAGGACGACGAUCUCUUCUAUCACGCCGAAAUCGACCUGUUGACUGCUUUGGCCGGUGGCCAAAUCUACAUUGAGCAUCUCGACGAUCGGUGGUUGACUGUCAACAUCUACCCCGGCGAGCCCAUCACACCUGGCGCGAUCAAGGUGAUCAAGGGUCAAGGUAUGCCGUCGUUUAGACACCACGACUUCGGUAACCUGUACAUUCAAUUCGACGUUAAAUUCCCGGACAAGACACAACUCCAGAACCUCGAGCUCCUCGAACAAGUCCUGCCGCCUCGCAUGCAGCAGAAACUGCCGCCUCAAGACGGCAUGGUGGAAGAUUACGAUCUUGAAGAAGUCGACCCCCGCCAACAAGCACGCGCUCAUGGUGCCGCGGGCAUGGACGACGAUGACGAAGAUGGCAUCCCACCUGGAGCCGAGAGAGUGCAGUGCGCUUCUCAGUGAACGGGCAACGAAGCGUCCAUGAUUUGUGGGCAGAUGUGACGACGCAGAAAACAACACAGAAAGAUUCGCAGACGUAAUGAGUUGACGCACGAAAGACGCGCAUGACGCCGGGCAUCAGCGAACGUGGGGGCAUUUCCUGCAUUUGAUCUCUUGAUCACUGGAGCAUGGGCACGGGGGCAUAUCGUACGGCGUCAAGGAUUGGGACAGGUACCGCUUGCGACCAACCCCCCCCCCAGCGGUUAGCUGGGGAUUCAGGAUAUGGAGUCAUAUCUCGUAUGGUGUGCACACAAGGAGGUCUCGGUCGGCUGAGUGCAUGGACAGGCCUGCUAGAGGGCUUACUGGAUGUCCAUUCUAGGCCCUAGCCGACCCACGCAUACCUAGACAGCCUUGCUAUUAUGCAUGAUAGAGAUGGGGUCUGGAGUUGUGGCAUGCGAGACCCUGUUCAAGGGUUGUGAAUAGUUGCUACGACUACAAGUAUGUUAUGGCGGUGGUCACCAAUGAGCUACAGUAGACGGGGAGAGAGUGGUUGCCGGGCAUGGCAUGGGAACGGCUGGUCUACAACACUCUAUGUAUCAAGCGGAGCAUGCACGUGUGAAUUGAACUGGGUUUUUAGACUUCUCCGUCCUCCGUAGGGCCACGGCCAUCGCUCAAAAUGGAUUAUUCCAGAUA